GGGGAGGGGUAAUAUAUAAAAGGGUAUCGAAUGAAAGAUAUAAUGGCGUCCCAGCGGAUUCUUUCAUUCAUUCGUUCUUGUCACUCAUUGCAUCUCGUUCAAUCUACUUAAGUCCUUCGUUUUAUAUACUGCGUGAAGACAUCUACACUUUUCUUAACUUUUCUUGACUUGAUAACCUCUUUAUAAUCAAUAUGAAUGCCCCUUCGAAAGAAGCAACCGUUUUCCUCGUCCUUCUCGGCUGUAUCGUUGUUGUCCUCAUCGGUUAUGCAAUACAUUCUCUCGCAACGAAUGGGUUCCAAGACGAAGAAAAGGAAGACGAGAUAUCAUAUGAGCAAAGGAAAUAUAUGCGCGAGGUUCGACUACGAAACAUACACUGGCUCGCUCUUGCAGCCCGGGGUAGCCGGGGUGUCCGAGACAUUGAAGUGGCCAUUCCGAUCAACCAGGAACGUGAGAAACAUCAGGAAUGAGUUACACGAGGCAUAAGAAAUGGGUUAUCUCUCUAUCGGAGAUAGUUACAUUAUACAGGUCCUAGGGGUACGCAUCACUACUUCCGCACCGUGGUGGAUGCCUUGGCUUGAUUAACCUAGCACAAUUGGACUCGGGCUGCUCCGGAAAUCAUGAGCUUACGACGUUAAAGUCCGCACCGAGUAUGUUAUAGAAUCAUGAUCUCGCUAGGUCCGUGGUUGUUUGGCAGACACGUUAACAGUCUAGACAUCAUGUGAAUGACUAGAUGCCAAAAAAAGCGCUUGAACAAUACCAAAUAUAUGUCUUAUUUUUACAUCAAAUUCAAUAACAGCGUGUUAGUCC